AAGGUUUGAACCUCUGAUGGGGUUUUGGGUUUUUUUCUCCUGCCGUUUAUAUCUGUCCAACUAGUGGGACUUUUACACAACCCUUGGAAAGUCACAUAUUAGCUUGAUAGCAAUAACAUGAAAGCCACCCUUUUAUGGGAAGGGGUUAUCGGGCGUGUAGUUGAAACUGGCGUCCAAGAACAUCGCCAAAGUGCCCAAACUGGUGAUGAUGACAAAGAGCCACAAGAAAAGUCGGUCUACCACCAGCGCGAUGUACUGCCAGUCUUCCGUCAUCUGUUGAGUACCACCACGCUGAGGAUGACCGAACAGGUGACCAGGAUCAUGGUGAACAUGAUGUAAUUGACAAUGAUGGGAACACCCAGCGAGGUCUCAGGAAUUUUGUCGGCCAGCAGCAGCAAAAAGACGGCGUGAUAGCAGACCUGCAUCAGGUGGCAAGUAGAAGUUGAAAAUGGCGAUGAUCGUAAUGAGAAUGCAAGGGAUGAUAAUGUUCAGCACGUAGUACAGCGGCUUCCUCUCGAUGAUCAGGAAAUCUGUGACGUGAUUGGAUAACUCCAACUUCAUGGGACGCUGCUAUCAAACCUUAUGGGCCACCCACCGUGGUUCUAGAUCAGAGUAACCUAACGGUGCCAACAACUGAUCUUGAUCCACCCACCGUGUUGUAACAUUCCCGAGAGGAGGGCUCGGCACCUAAAUGUUUCAAGAAUACACCGUUCCGCCGCGGGAGGAAAUUUUGCAGUGGAAAACGAAGCCUGUGCGUGAAAAGCACAAUCAUCAACACUGAACCGCCAUCCUCCAGCGACUUGUGAGCUCCUGGUGGUAAACUUUUCCAUGCGAGAAUGGAGUGCACUCUCAAACAAUAUGUUUGCAGGACUGUGACAACACCAUGAGCUUCAACGUCUGCCCACGGUUGUUCCUGGUUCUCUUUGCCUUUCUGUGCGUGCUUCCCGUCAUUAGCUGGGGAGCUUCAUUUCGGAUCGGGUUAGUGGGCCCCUGGGAGUGCGACCCCGUUUUCGCUAAGGCCCUGCCCCAUGUGGCAGCACAACUGGCGAUAAAACACAUCAACAGGGAUCCCUCUCUGUCCUACGCUGCAACUUUUGACUAUAUAAUCCUGAAUGAGCCAUGCAAGACCUCAAGAGCUCUGGAGAAGUUUGUGGCUUUCCACACCAAGGCUUCGGCUUUCGUCGGACCGGCCAAUCCGGGCUACUGUGACGCUGCUUCAAUGCUGAGCAAAAGUUGGAACAAGGCUUUGUUCGCAUGGGGCUGCAUCGGCUCCGAUUUGGACCGUGUCUGGAGCCACCCGACCUUCGCCCGCUCCAUGCCCAGGCCCACUUGGGUACUAUCAAGAAUCAUGAGAUACUUCCACUGGGCUCACGUGGGAAUCAUCUCUGCCUCUGAUGACAUCUGGGUGGAGACAGCUAACAAGGUCGCCGACUCACUUCGCGCUCACGCUUUCCCUGUCAGACUGCUCUGGGUUAUGGAGAACACUUCUCACAGCAUCAGGAGGACUCUAGCUAAAGUCCGCAAGAUGAGAGAAAUACGAGUACUUAUCCUCUGCAUGCACUCGGUGUUGAUCGGAGGAGAGCUCCAGAAGCUCCUCUUGGAGACGGCCUACGACAUGCAAAUGAUUGACGGUUCCCUGGUAUUCGUACCCUAUGACGCCCUCCUCUACAGUCUACCGUACCGUAACAUAAGCUACCCAGCCCUGAAGAGCAACAGCAAAUUGCUGCGGGCCUACGAUGCAGUGCUAACCGUCACCAUCGACUCGCCCCAGAUGUCAUUUUUUGAGGCCUACGAAAAUGCUAUUGAGAAAGGGGAGGUGGCAAGGAUUCUCAAACCCCAGCAGGUGUCCCCGUUCUUCGGCACUAUCUACAGCUCCGUGAUCCUCCUCGCUCACGCCGUGCAGCGGGUUGGACUUUCCAAGGAGUGGAUGUCUGGUGGGAAUAUUGCACAAGUGCGCCGCCACAGCUUUGAGGGCUUCAGCCAUCCGAUGAAAUCGGACGCUUCCGGAAAUGUUUUAUUGGACUACAUCAUCCUGGACACUGAUGGAGUCUCCUGUGAGCUGAUGCCGACACACAGGCUAAACAUGGAAGCCGAUUCGGUCAACUUCCUGGGUCGAGACAUUCAUUUUCCGCAUGGGUCAGGUCCCGGACGGGACGCCCCGUGCUGGUUCACUCCAGGUGCCAUCUGCUCCGGAGGUGUGGAUCUUUUUUCUACUGUCAGCAUUGUGCUCGGAGCGAUCGGCGUCUGUAUGCUGGCUAUAGUCUUUAUAUACUUUGUCCGGCGACGUGUUAACCAGAUUCGGCUUGUCAGGGGACCAAACAAGAUCCUGCUGACUUUAGAGGAUGUCACCUUCAUCAACCCAUCGCUUAGCAAGAAGCCUAGCCUGGACGACAGCCGGGCCAGCGCCAUCAAGAGCGUGUCGGACUGUAGUAUCAUGUCACCCACCUCCACUCGAUCGCCAGCAACGUAUGAGAACUCCAACGUCGUCAUUUUAGAGGGGGACUGGGCGUGGCUUAAGAGACUACCAUACGGCUCAUUUAGCAGCAUCAACCCCAAAACGAGUGAUUUGUUUGAGCUGAUGAAGGACAUGCGGCACGAGAAUGUCAACCCCUUCCUGGGCUUCUUCCUCGACUGCGGCGUCUUCGCCAUCGUGACCGAGUUUUGUUCCAGAGGCAGCUUGGAAGAUCUGCUUCUCAAUGAUGACGUCAAGUUGGACUGGAUGUUUAAGUCCUCCCUGCUGCUCGAUUUGAUUAAGGGUAUGAAGUACCUCCACCACUGCGGUGUGUCUCACUCCCAUCUGAAGUCUCGGAACUGUGUGGUGGACGGGCGCUUUGUGUUGAAGAUCACAGACUUCGGCUACAAUGAGGUUCUAGAGGCUCAAAGGUUCCCAUAUGCGGAACCGCCCGCAGAUGAGCUGCUUUGGACGGCUCCCGAGCUCCUCCGAAGCCCUCAGCCCGGCCGCCGCGGGACGCUGCCCGGUGACGUGUACAGCUUCGCCAUCAUCACCCAGGAAGUGGUCAUUCGGGGGCCUCCCUUUUGCAUGCUGGAUCUGUCGGCCGCAGAUGUGAUCGAGAAGUUGCGCAAACCGCCUCCUUUGUGUAGACCGCUGGUUAGUUUGGAUUGCGCGCCGUUCGAGUGCAUCCAAUUGAUGAAACAGUGUUGGAACGAACAGCCGGAAAAGAGACCAACGUUUGAGGAGAUAUUCGACAAGUUCAAGGACAUCAACAAAGGCAAGAAAACCAACAUCAUAGACUCCAUGUUGCGGAUGCUUGAACAGUACUCGUCCAACCUGGAAGAGCUUAUCAGAGAGCGAACCGAGGAGCUGGAGAUCGAGAAGCAAAAAACCGAGAAGCUGCUGACACAAAUGCUGCCUCCAUCGGUGGCUGAAGCGUUGAAGAUCGGCGGCACCGUCGUACCCGAGUAUUUCGACAGCGUGUCUCUCUACUUCAGCGACAUCGUGGGCUUCACCACCAUCUCGGCCAACAGCGAGCCGAUCGAGGUGGUCGCCCUGCUCAACAGCCUCUAUACCCUCUUUGACGCCAUUAUCGGCAACCAUGAUGUUUACAAGGUGGAGACUAUCGGCGACGCUUACAUGGUGGCGUCGGGCGUCCCUGUUCCAAAUGGCAACCGGCACGUGGCGGAGAUAGCCAAUAUGUCUCUGGACAUCUUAAGCGCAGUGGGAACCUUCAAGAUGAGACACAUGCCCGACGUCCCCGUCAGAAUCCGCAUUGGACUGCACACAGGUCCGUGCGUGGCAGGAGUCGUAGGUCUCACCAUGCCGCGCUAUUGCUUAUUUGGUGACACUGUGAACACCGCCUCUCGCAUGGAGUCCAGCGGACUGCCCUACAGGAUCCACGUGCACCAAAACACAGUCAAAGUCUUGCGUGAGCUCAACUUGGGCUACAAGCUAGAGCUGAGGGGAAGGACCGGAGUCAAGGGGAAAGGAACUGAAGACACCUACUGGCUAGUUGGAAGGGACGGCUUCACCAAACCUCUUCCUGUACCUCCGGAGCUAAAAUCAGGCGUGGCCUCCAAGGAGCCCAAAGACCUGAAACAGAUGUUGUACAAGGCCGUGAGGAAGCUCUCCCACAUCCGCGUGGUCGCGCAACUCGGCGAGGACGACAACGUCAUGAUGUCGCAUCACUGAAGGCGAGACCGGCGGAACCUCGCCUCGCUUUCUUGAGUUUGUAUGUGAACCCACGCAGGUGAAUGUUGGGAUUAUCCGCUGAUGAAUCGAGGGGAGGGAGUCUUGUCCGCUGCUAUGAAUAGAAGAAUAUCAACUCAGCAAAGCGGGGAUCUACAGCCACGCUAAUGAACGCAGCUUAUCGCCUCGGCUUCUCUACGUGGGUUUGUAGCUGUGGUUCCUGUAGGUGACCCUCAUGUACUUUUACACAUGUGAGCAAGCCCCGCAAGUUAAAGCCAGGGAUUUACACUGGUAGUAGUGAUUGUGAUAUAGUUUUUAGUUUCUAUUAAGGCAUACUAAUGGAUAAUAUGUCCUUGUUUAGAUGCAUAUCAUGCUUGGGAAUGUGAUCUCUUAUGGUUGUAAAAAAGUUUUGCACCAUAAUAAAUCUAAAAUGUGCGUCUACUCAUUGGCCACUUCAUUAGAAUGUUGUUGAAUUCCAACAUUAGCAGCAGUGUUGCCACUGUGCUUGAGCUGGAUUCUCAGGGAACUAAGGCAAGCAUGUGUAUCGUGCUUUUGCUUUGUUGGCUUUAUUCUUUUGUUUGUAUAGCUCCCAAUGUAGUGCACUAUCCCUGCCAGAAGAGGACGCUGUGACAAGGACUUGGCAAUAUUCAUCUAUUAUUAAAUGUGAUCUGAUCUUUGUCAAAAUCACACAGAUGAAAAAACAGUGUCUGCUUUAACUAAAACCACCCAAACAUAUAUAUAUAUAUACAGUGGGGCAAAUAAGUAUUUAGUCAACCACCAAUUGUGCAAGCUCUCCUACUUGAAAAGAUUAGAGAGGCCUGUAAUUGUCAACAUGGGUAAACCUCAACCAUGAGAGACAGAAUGUGGGAAAAAAAUUACAUUGUCACACACUGGCUGUCAAAGAGGUCUAACUUCUAACGAGAUCUAACGAGGCCCCACUCGUUACCUCUAUUAAUGGCACCUGUUUAUCAGUAUAAAAGACACCUGUCCACAACCUCAGUCAGUCACAGUCCAAACUUCACUAUGGCCAAGGCCAAAGAGCUGUCGAAGGACACCAGAGACAAAAUUGUAGACAUGCUCCAGGCUGGGAAGACUGAAUCUGCAAUAGGUAAAACGUUUGGUGUAAAGAAAUCAACUCUGGGAGCAAUUAUUAGAAAACGGAGGACAUACAAGACCACUGAAAAUCUCCCUCGAUCUGGGGCUCAAUGCAAGAUCUCACCCAGUGGAGUCAAUUCCAGCACCCCUGCUUGAAAAUUCCAUUUUUGGAGACAUCAUGUUGGAAUACUUUCAGGCUGAUGUGGACUGUUUGGACAAAAAAAAUCAUGGCCUUUUUGUGAAAAGUGUCAAUUUUUGUUGCAAUACGCUGAAAUAUGAUGGCAAAUUUUGGUUAAAAAAAAACAAUGACCGUCGAUGAAUCUGACGAUAAUUUCAGAUUUUUCGGGUCAUAAUAACCCUCGGAGUACAACUACAGUGGUAUGAAACCUUUUGGAAUUUCUCCCAUUUCUGCAUAAAAUCACAUUUCAAUGUGAUCUGAUCUUGUCAAAAUCACACAGAUGAAAAAAACGGUGUGUGCUUUUAAAAUUACCCAAACAUUUAUAGGUUUUCAUAUUUUAAUGAGGAUAGUAUGAAAACAAUGACAAAAGGGGGGAAAAUAAGUAAGUGAACCAUCAUAUUUAAUAUUUUGUGGCCCCUCCUUUGGCAGUAAUUACUUCAAUCAGAUGCUUCCUGUAUCUAGAUCUAUCUGGCACAUCGAUCAGGACUAAUCUUGACCAAUUCUUCUCAAAAACUGCUGUAGUUCAGUCAGAUUUCUGGGAUGUCUAACAUGAAUCACUGUCUUUAGGUCAUGCUACAGCAUCUCAAUGGGGUUCAAGUCUGGACUUUGACUUGGCAACUCCAGAACGUGUAUUUUGAUCUUCUGAAACCAUUGUAAAGUUGAUUUACUUCUGUGUUUUGGAUCAUUGUCUUGUUACAGCAUCCAUCCUCUUUUUAGCUGUCUGACAGACGGCCUGAGGUUUUCCUGCUAAACAUCCUGAUAAACUUUUGAAUUCCUCUAUCAAUGACUGCAAGUUGUCCAGGCCCUGAGGAAGCAAAACAGCCCCAAAUCGUGAUGCUCCCUCCACCAUGCUUUACGAUGGGAAUGAGGUGUUGAUGUUGGUGAACUGUUCCAUUUUUCUUCCACACAUGACGUUGUGGGUUACUCCCAAAUAGUUCAACUUUGGUUUCAUCAGUCCACAAAAUAUUUUGCCAAAACUUCUGUUGAGUGUCCAAGUGCCUUUUUGCGAACAUUAAAUGAGCAACAAUGUUUUUUUUUUUUUUUUUUGGACAGCAGUGGCUUCCUCCGUGGAGUUCUCCCAUGAACACCAUAGUUUUACACAUCGUUGAUGUGUGCGCAGGACUGUGCAAGUGAUUUUUGUAACUCUUUAGCAGAUCAUCUAGGGUUCUUUUUUACCUGAGUAUUCUGUGCUGAACUCUUAGCGUCAUCUUUGGUGGAUGGCUAAUCCUUGGGAGAGAAACAACAGUGCCAAACUCUCUCAAUUUGUAGACAACUUCUCUGACUGUCGAUUGAUGAACAUCCAGACUUUUAGAGAUGGUUUUGUAUCCUUUCCUAGCUUUAUACAAAUAAAUAAUCCUUGAUCUCAGGUCUUCAGACAGGUCUUUUGAUUGAGCCAUGAUGCACAUCAGACAAUGCUUCUCAUCAAGACAAUUCUUACCAGGUGUGUGUUUUAUAGUGGGCAGGGCAGCUUUAAACCACUCAUCAGUGAUUGGGCAAACAUCUGACUUUCAUUGUUUGGUAAACAUUGGUUUCAAUUAGGGCUGUCAGAAUUAUCGCGUUAACCGGCGGUAAUUAAUUUUUUUGAUUAAUCAAGUUAAAAUAUUUGACACAAUUAACGCACAUGCCCCGCUCAAACAGAUUAAAAUGACAAUAAAGUGUAAUGUCCGCUUGUUACUUGUUUUUUGGUGUUUGGCGCCCUCUGCUGGCGCUUGGGUCCAACUGAUUUUAUGGGUUAGUACCAUGAGUGAGCAUGGUGUAAUUAUUGACAUCAACAAUGGUGAGCUACUAGUUUAUUUUUUUGAUUGAAAAUUUUACAAAUUUUAAUUAAACGAAAACAUUAAGAGGGGUUUUAAUAUAAAAUUUCUAUAACUUGUACUAACAUUUAUCUUUUAAGAACUACAAUUCUUUCUAUCCAUGGAUCGCUUUAAAAGAAUGUUAAUAAUGUUAAUGCCAUCUUGUUGAUUUAUUGUUAUAAAAAAUGAAUACAGUACUUAUGUACCGUAUGUUGAAUGUAUAUAUCCGUCUUGUGUCUUAUCUUUCCAUCCCAACAAUAAUAUUUUAUAGAUGGUUUUAAUUGCGAUGAAUUACGAUUAAUUUUUAAGCUUUAAUUAACUCGAUUAAAAAUUUUAAUCAUUUGACAGCCCUAGUUUUAAUUGCUCUUUAAGUCUCCUUAGCCAGAGGAUUCACUUAUUUUCCGCCUAGUGUCAUUGUUUGCAUGCUAUCUUCAUUAAAAUAUGAAAACCUAUAGAUGUUUGGGUGGUUUUAGUUAAAGCAGACACUGUUUUUACAUCUGUGUGAUUUUGACAAAGAUCACCACACAUUUGAUGGUGAUUUUAUGCAGAAAUGUGAGAAAUUCCAGAAUGUUCAGAUACUUUUUCAUACCAUUGUAUAGUUAAUAGAUGAGGAAUAUUGCCAAGUCCUUGUCACAAAUUGGAUUGGACGUCUAUUGCAGUCAAUGGCAGUUAAACCUGACCAUUCGAAGCUAGCUAUUUCAGUUCAAAUAGAGUUAACAUCUAUUGCCGUCAAUGACAGUAAAAGAGUUGCGUUCGGUAUGUAAUGCAAACUAGAUGCUGUACAUUUCAUUGACCCGCCAAAACAGAAAUACGACUCUAUUAAGUCAGCAGGUUCAUAGAUUGUCGCCAUUACUUCCCACCAGUAUGUUCCACGCGUGUAAAGGCGAGACAUUUUACACUUGGAAGCAAGACUCGAAUGCAGGUCAUCUGUCCAAUUAUUCUCGCGACAUUCACGGAGGGUCGACAGGGUUCAUGGGAACGUUUAUUCUCACAAGAACAGUUUGGCAUAACGGGCCUUUUGAAAUGCAGAGGACAUUUAGGUUGCGAACAAAAUACUGAAUUAUUUUUAAAGCAUUUUUUUUUUUUACGGCCCAACAUUUUGUAUUUUACGUAUGUUGCAUGGCUUAAAUGCAGAGGUGGGUUGGCACGCGUUACCUUUACUCCGUUACGUUUACUUGAGUAACUUUUUGAGAAAAAGAGUAGUUUUACCGAGCCAUACUUUUUACUUGAGUAGAUUUGUUAAGAAAAAAAUGCGACUCUUACUCCAUUGCUUUGGGCUACACAAGAGUCAUCACAUUUUUCUCUUUUUCUACAUAUUGGAUAUACUUUUACUUUUUUUUACCAGUGAUACCAAGAGUAGCUCUAUCAAUUUCACCAAUGAGACGUCUCAACAAUAAUCACAUGACUUCAUUAUAACAAUCAGACGCAAGCCUGCCGUUCUACGAUCACGCCAGACUGUUCAAUCACGUGACAUCUUUAAAGCACCGUAAAAAAUGAAGUGUUUGACAUAGAGCGCUGCCCUCAACAUGACUUGAAACCGCAGAUUUAAACCUCUUUCCCAGUUCUUAUUUGGCGCCAAUUGACCACAGAAAAACGGAGAUAUGAUCCAUUUAAUUUCAUACCGUAAUUUUUGCGUUAUAAGGCACACCUGACUAUAAACCGCCACCCACCAAAUUUGACUCAAAAACAUAAUUUGUUCAUAGAUAAGAUACACUGGACUAUAAGCCGUAGCUUUCCUCACUGUAUUAAGGGAUAUUUACACCAAAAUAUGCUAACCAGUAGCACUUUAUUUGACAGCGGCAUCAUAUGACGGUCAUUAGACCAAAUGAACCACCAUCAAGCUUUGGUCAUAAGACCAAUUGGCUGCAAAGCUUCA